AUGAUGCACAGAUUGUCUUUUGCAUAUUUCCCUGUGUCUUUGAACCAGGUGAGAAGCAGGACGUCAGAGGCAGCCGGGCCCCACCAGCACUGCGACAAGUGCCAUAACCUCCACUGUCACAUCUCCAGAACGUGUGCGGUAAUUAAGUGUCGUAAAAACUGUGGGGCCUGCCUUCAUCUGUGCAAGGAGGAGGACCACCUUCUCCUCUGUCCUAAUGAGACAGUUCCAUGCAUUAAUGCCAACUUUGGAUGCCCGCUGACUAUGCCCCGCUUUCGGCUGUCCCAACACCUGCGCACCUGUCCCGCCAGUGUUGUCUGCUGUUCUCAAGACUGGAAUCGUUGGCCCAUUCCUGAUGAUACUCCACCAUUUUAUACAAACAUUUCACAAGAGCGUCAAACUAGACAACCUCUAGAUGUUGCUAUGGCACUAAGAGACCAAGAAAUACUUUUUCGAUCUAUCAAAAUGAGGAGCGUGUUCCCUGAGCUGAUGGUUGAUGAUUCUGACCCCAGGUCUAGUGCUUCUGUCGAUACGACUGACAAUUCUCCAUUGUGUGAUGAGAAACUCGCUGAAUGUUGUGCAGAAACAAAAGAAAAAGAGUUGAGCCAAGAAGAGAGAGAUGCCUUGGCAAGAAGUAGGAAUGUUGAGAAUAUUCAGAACUACAACUCCUGGGAAAAGAUGUUUAAGAAGGAAAUGGAUGGAUGCAAGGAAACUGUCAAAAACCUGGAGAGGAAUGAAGAAAGAAAGGAAGAGAAGGCAGGGGAGAAAUCACACAGCUGUCAAAGAGAGACAAGAGGGGAAUAUUAUUUGAGCAGUGGACAUGGAGACACUAGUACAGCUGCUACCGCUUUAGGCGAGAAUGGUGCAACAGGACUAGCUCCCUGGCAAGAUGGGGUCCUGGAGAGGUUAGAAAGACAAGUCCAAAUGUCCGAAUAUGACAUGUAUCUAGUUCACAAUGGGGCCAUGCUUAUUAACUUUGGUAUACUUCCAGCGUGCACCCCAAGAGAGAAGGAUUUUGUCUAUGGAAAACUUGAGCCGAUUGAGGUGAAGACUGUUCGCUCUUUCAAAGUUCCUACGAGUUACCGAGCAAGACGAUGCCAACUAAAAGACCCCACCAGAAAGAUCAAAAUGGUUCAUCAGUGUGUAGAUACUGCAGAUCUGGGGGUGUUAAUCGAAGAUCUUCCAAAAUGCAGUGAAGUACCCAUGGCACUUCUAUGUGCAUUGGAAAAAGAAUUGAAAGGACAUUCAGUAUCGCAGAAUACAUCCACUGAUGCACUGUAUGACGAGGUAGGAACACAAACAUAUGACUUCCACUCAGCACCAUUUCAAACUGACAUGUGUCUUGCUGAUAUUGCACCAAACCACAAUAGUCUGUAUGUCAAUGUUGAAACUGAACCAGUGACGAGAAGGCAUAACAGAAGCAGUUCGACCUUUAGCUUCUUUUGCGGACACUUCUUCCGGCGUGAUGAGUUUAGCUCACACUUUAAAAACGUGCACUCCGACAUCCAAUCUUGUCUGAAUGGAUGGUUCCAGCAGCGCUGCCCCCUAGCAUACCUGGGCUGCACUUACACCCAGGCAAGGUUUCAUCCUUCAGGUCAACAGGCCACAAUAAAGUACUGCCAAGAUGUCAAUGCUCUUGUCCUUCAGCCUGAAGCCUUCUCUUCUUCUUCCUCCAUCUGCCAAAACAUGAAGAAAGACCCCCAAAUGGAUCACCUGAGCAAAUUGCCCUCAGAGGUCCUCCAACACAUUGCGAGUUACCUUGACAGUUUCACAUUGUCCCAGCUGUCCCAGGCCUCACGCCGAAUGAGGGAUGUUUGUGGCACGUUUUUGCAGGAGAGAGGAAUGGUCUCCCUUAAGUGGGAAAAGGAGACAGAUUCCACUGGGAGGACUGCCUGGAAGUGUCAAAAGAAAGUAUGGACCUUCAGCUUUGUGUUUUCCACUGUGGAUAGAUGGAGCUUUAGUGACAAUCCCUCUAUGUCAGAGCACCUACAGAGCUGCCCCUACUACCAGAGAGAGGAGCGCUGUGAACCUGUGGCCUUACCCGGCCUAGGAGAGGUCACAGACACACAGGGGAAAGCCUGUCCCAGCCGAUAACACCCAGGCCAGGGAAUCUGCAGUAGCUCCAGUGGCAUGUAUUUACAACUACUCACAUAUGUCUUUUGUCAACAGUGCCUCCCUCUCAGAUAUAAAUAGGGCAGUAAUCACAUGUACAUACUGUUCUUUUUGGCAUCUGGUUUGGAGUUUAAAGAUAAAUGUAGUUAUAUUUCACUAACAUCUAGGCAUUUGAUGCAAAACUAUUGAUGGUGAUGAAAAUGUCGAGACUGACGUCAUUUACUUUAAAACUAUCCGCAAUUUCAUCUCGCAUAAUGUGGAACAGUGAUACUGCUUUUUAGUGGGACGAGACUGACAUCUAGCGGACAGAUGUUGUAUUUCAAUGACCAGUGCUCGAUUUAAGUUCAGUUCAAGUGUUUUCCACAGGUUUAUUCUAAUCAUUUUAUUUAAUAUAUUUUGGUGUAUAAAUGCCACUUAUUGCCUCUACUGAACAAAAAAUAGUUAUAGAUUAAAAAUAGUCACUUCUCUAUUUUGUGGCAACACUACAAGCAUAAAAAGUAUAAUUUAUUUCACCAUUUUAUUUUCAGCUAGUUUUUAGACUAUGGGGGUAAAAAUGAGACUAUUUAAGCACGAUAGUUUCCUCUGUUAAUGGGAAACACUGAGUUCUCAUAUGAAAUUAAAAUUACACUUAGGUCUAUAGUCUACUUUGAGUAGCCUACACUUAUUUUGUUUUAGGUCAUAUCUUAUGCAUUAUUAUUGCAAUAGAAUUUCUCACUU